UUAUCAGUCAAUUAAGAUCAUGUCAUGAAAAAGAUAAACAACAUAAACAAGACGUUUUAGAUACGGUUAGAAUGGGGGUUUACGUUGAAAACAUCUAUAAGCUUGAUUUACCCAGGAAACGAGACCAACGAGAACAGCAGAUUAAUGAUGCUAACGAUAUUCAUGCAAAGAAUGCUAAAAAAAGUAGCAUUUAUAAUCUAGUCUUUGCUCUUUAUGAUAAUAGAAGGAGCUUAAUUGUUAGAAAUGACCAUUUUAACCUAGAUAAUGAUAAUGAUAUGAUCGCCCUUCUUUAA